AACCUGGGAUUAAGUCUCUGUUUUAUUAUAAAACAGAUCUUAAAUGUAUCCUUAUCUUUAAAUAUUAUACUGUAUCGAUUGAGCUUAGAACCAACUCAUUGCACCACUAGGAAGUGUUUCAAGAGCAAAGAACAAAAAUGCGCCAUUUAUUCUGACCCAUCAGUUAUGCAUAUUACAAUAUUUCUAACGUCUAAGUCUUUUAGAGCAAACAUUUUUCCACAAGAUGAGAUAUGAUAGACGCCUUUAGGUUUCCUAUUUCUGCCGUAAUCGGUUUUCGACGAAGAGCCCUAAAUAGGUUAACCGAUCAUGGGACUUUUAACAAAACCCUUUUUCCAACCGUUUUCCAGUCAAUCACACGAAAAAUAUUAAGCUAUUGAAACUGUCAUCUAGUAGCACCCACAUCGGUAAUCAUAGUCGCAAAGCGAGGUAUUCUUCCUUCGCAUUCAGCUCAGUUGCUCAAUCCAAUUCAGGUAAGUAGGUGUGAGUGUGACGGCCUGUUUUUGAUCACGAUCGCGCGCGUUCAUGGUUGUGAGAGUGUCACGAACGCCUAUUUUCACCGGUUGACGAUGAAGGGUUGGUGCUUCAUAGCAUGCUAAAAGGUCGAAUUGCCAAUGAAAAUGCGCUUAUGUUAAUAGUGAUUUAGCUUUUUCCUUUUGUUACACAGAUUAUAUAGAACCGCUUAAUGAUGUCGAUGUUGGAACAACUGGUAGUAAUGAACAAAGAAUCGGUGAUAUGCAGCAUUAUCAUUCAAAGCCUUAUAAACUGGGUAAUAGUAGUAAAAAUUAUAACCGUGCAUCUAUUGGUCGAAAUGUCCAAAAUAUUUAUGAUACUUGGAUUUUAACAUCUGGUUUGAACAGUGGUGUGUCAAAAUUAGUUGGUGAAUAUAAUUUACAAUCUCAAGUUUUAAAUGAUGGUAAAAUAUCUGAUAAGCCAACAUUAACCAAUGGACGACAUAAUGUUUUCUUAAUUGGGCUAACAAAAUGGGGAUCACUUGUUGAAAAAACACGCAAUCUAUUAAAAGAUGCAUCACGCAAUGAUGAUCACACUGGGAAAUGUUCUAGAAUGGAUACAUUUUAUGAAAAUGAUACGCAAACAAUUGAAUUACAUCAUACUCAUUUUGUAUUAUUUGAUAAUGGUGAACUGCAAGGUUAUUUAGGUGAUAAUCGACGAUCAGAAUUUGUUGACAAGAUAUGUGAAAAAUGUGAAAAUAAAUGUAAAACCAUUAUAAAAGUAAUACCCAAAAAGAAAGAUAUUGAAUAUUAUUUACGAAAAGUAUAUCCACUUAUGUCUGAUAAAGAUAUUGAAUUUACCAGUUAUGUGGAACAACUAGAAAAUAUAAUGAAGCCAGAUUAUCAACAUUAUUUAAAUAUACAUCAAGUGAGUGAUGAAAAGACCACAAUUGAAGAUACAAUGUUUAAUGCAAUAUGUUCAGGUAUGAACAAAAUUCAAUAUCCUUGACACCGUGGCAAAGUCACAAUCGCGACGAAAUGAAAAUUUAAAGAACUCUUUCAAUCUAAAACUUCUAAGAUUCUUCAGAGUUAGUGCAAAAGAAACUUCGAUUGCAAUUUAUGUAUUGGUGAUUCUGUGACUUGGAAAUUUUCUGUUCGCCGCCAUGCAAAAUAACGAUGGAGGAUAGAAGUUCUGUAGACUGACUGUCCAUCUGACUUGCCAUCUGUAUUUCUGUAUGAACGUUAUAGCUCAUGUGACGGUGUCUAAACUGCAAUAAUCUAAAUGCUAACAACUGGGAAAACCUUCUUCUCGAAGACUUUUCUAGGUAUGGUAAGCGUUUUCUCGAUGGAAAAAUUCCGGAGAAGGCGAUGAAGGAUAUCCUACUUCAGUCAGUUUUUCUCGCACAUGUCGAAGAGGUUUAUGUUUGUACAAGAAAGGUUUCGAAGAGGACACUUGGCGAGGAUUGAUCACAAUAUGUGUUUUUUGUGAAACCUAGGAUCCGUGGCAUCUCGAUUAAUAGCCAGAUACUUAGGUUACGGUUUAGCGGAAAUUUUGUCAACAUAGAAGCCUUCUUAUAAAACUCUGCUAGAAAAUAGAAAGAAAUACGUGUAUGAGGUGAUAAAACCAUCUACAAAACAUGCCUCGUUAUCAGCCUUUCGGAGCCUUCCACUAACUAGAAAAAUAUUUCAGCUUCGUCAUCUGUUGUCAAGCCGAGUCAGUCCAUGGGAAGAAUGACAUUUUGCAGAAUUAACGGGUGCGCCAUAAAUAACUGCGCUGUUAGUAAUUUAAAUCUUUCUCCUCUUCCUCAGACUUACGAGGGAAUCUCUUGAGGUCAUAAAUCGCUUUUGAACUCGGACUACUUGUAUCUUGUAGACUUCAAUGAGUAGUGAAAUACCCUAAGUUGGUUCAUCCCCAUGGUGCUUUGUUGCUGAGAUAGUCAAUUUUUGCCUAUAGAGCUUGGAUUUUGACCAAAUUCGACUUUCGAAUUUUGACUUGAAACCUGCCACACUGGUAGCCCAUGGUC